AUGGCGCUGCAAGCUUGGUACGAUGCCGUACAAUUUUCAUUAGGACGCCACAAGUUCACAACCCUUACAAGUUAACGAGAUUCCGACAUGCCCUAUAAGUAUUGUACAUGGGUGAUCAGCAGCCCAUCCCUCACUCUUUGAAUUCACCAUUUGAUCUGCACAGUUUCAUGUCGACACUAGAACAAUCUCUUUAUGCUCUUGACUGGAACAACAACACAGCGGUUGUAAUCAUCACCCUGAUAACCUAUGAGUACCUGCUUCAGCUCGAGAAAGAGGUAACGUUUGUUUGGAAAAGACGGUGGUCAGUGAUGACAUAUCUAUACCUUGUUGUUCGAUAUUUUGGUAUUGUCCUUGCAAUGGUUUGCGCCGUCUGGGGAGGUCUCAUUUAUCUACCUGAAGCAGUUAUGGUAUGCUUCUGUUCAUGCAAUGGGGUUUUUCUGUAUAUUUUUGCUUGGCGGAAGUUGUUCUCAUCUGGCGUCUUUACGUCCUAUACAACCAAUCCAAGCUCAUACUUUAUGUUCUACUGGGGUUUUUUACUACCUGUCGUCGCGCUCUAUGUAGUAAUGGAUGCAUUUUUAUGGAGCCGACCCUCAGCGUUGUCAGUGCAAGAAGUAAUGCUAACUCCAAAUGUGACGAUGUGCACAACAAUCCACCACAUCGGGCCCAUGCCUGCGAUAUAUUUUUCCAUCCCCAUCAUAUGCUAUGACAUUCUCUUGGUUGUUCUUGCUAUUGCCGUCCUCGGCAAGCACCUGAAAGAACGAAAGGAAGCUAGAUUGAAGCCCAACACCUACUUGGUAAUGAUCGUUCGAUAUCAUGUCAUAUACUUUGUCCUGAAUUUGGCAAGUCAAGCCAUCAUGGCGAUAUUGUGGGCACACACUCCGAUUGUGGUGCUGAAGCUCGUACUAUUGUAUAAGGAUACCGCGCCAUUGAUUAUCGUGCCACGUUUCAUCAUCAGUAUUUGGGAUACGCAUGCCAACGACAAAUUCGUACAUAACAGUGUGGCAUUCGAGGAAUGUGUCUGUUGGACUUCGCCACCGCAAUUAGAGCAGUCCGAGAUUGACGGUUCCGAAUUGAGGAAGGAGGUCUAUACUUGCCCCUAACU